AUCGCAGUUAACUUGACGGCGCCGCGGAGAACUAAACGGAGGCAGAGCGGAUCAAUUUGGAGCCACGGCGGUUGAUCGGGAUUAUGUGGCGACACUGAUUGCUGCAUCGGCUCGUCAGCGUCCUCAUCAAGUCCAUCAGCUGUGACGUCACCUCAGGGUCCAGGUGUUAGUCUGUACCGGCCUGUAUGCAGCCUGUCUGGGGCCCGGCCUAAUUCCUGGUGCUCCUACUUUCCCUCCUCCUCCCUCCUUUCCCUACCCUCCUACCCUCCUCCCCUGCCCCCUCCCUCCAUCCUCACCCUUCCCAACCCCCCACCCCCCCCCCACACACACACACACACACACACACGCGCCGACUACCAGCGUUUAGCCCGGACCAACGGCCUGGCUGGCUGCCCCCCUACAGGUGGAUGAAUGAAGACCCCAUUCAAGAGCCCAGCGCCCCGCGGCCCCGAGCAGACGGAGGACAUUCAGGCGUGUCUGCAAACAUGAUGAAGAAAAAGAACUCGCACAAGAAACAGAGGGCCAGCGUCGGCCCCAGUAAGACUCUGGCUCAGCCCAGAAGGAACAUAGUGGGCUGCCGGAUCCAGCACAUCUGGAAGGAAGGCAGUAAGUCGUCCCAGUGGAAGGGGACGGUCCUGGACCAGGUCCCUGUUAACCCCUCUCUCUACCUGAUCAAGUACGACGGCUUCGACUGCAUCUAUGGCCUGGAGCUGUACAGCGACGAGCGGGUGGUGGGACUGGAGGUCCUGCCCGACAGAGUGGCUCCGGCCCGCGUGAGCGACUCGCUGCUGGCGGAGACGAUGAUUGGGAAAGCAGUGGAGCACAUGUUUGAGACGGAGGACGGGCCGAAGGAGGAGUGGAGGGGGAUGGUGCUGGCCCGAGCCCCCAUCAUGACCUCCUGGUUCUACAUCACCUACGAGAAAGACCCGGUGCUUUACAUGUACCAGCUGCUGGACGACUACAAGGAGGGAGACCUGCGCAUCAUGCCCGACUCCAACGACAGCGUGGCGGCGGAGCGGGAGCCCGGCGAGGUGGUCGACAGUCUGGUGGGCAAACAGGUGGAGUACGCCAAAGAGGACGGCGGGAAGCGGUCGGGGAUGGUCAUCCACCAGGUGGAGGCCAAGCCCUCCGUUUACUUCAUCAAGUUCGACGACGACUUCCACAUCUACGUCUACGACCUGGUCAAGACCUCCUAAGGCCAGAAAACCCGGUCUGGGAUCCCCAAAAAAGACUUACCGAGACCUGCCUAGACCCACCGACCCCCCACCACCACCACCACCCAAUGAAGAGACGCUACAGCUUUGGUUUUAAUCAUCCUGAUCCUGAUCCUGAUCCAGAAUCUACGGAGACGCCCGAGACAGAUGAUCCGUUCUUUACUUGUUUUAUGAAACGCCUUAAAAAAAACGCCCUGAGGUCAUUUAUCAUUCAUCGUUUGUUUAGACCCGAUCAGGAUGCUUCCUGCUGAAAGAGAAACCUAGUUCCAGAGCCCCAGAGGAGACCAGGGAGCCAGCGUUGUUUGGAUUAACUGUAAUCUUGACUAAAAUCACACAAAAAAAAUGGUUUUGUUUGAAAAGUUGACUUUUUGAGCCUGAGACGUCUGCGAGGACACGAUCCUGAGACGCUCCAGACCAGACAAAAAGGUCUUCGGACCCAAAUACCAUCAGGUCUGGAUCCUUUCAAGAAACCAGACCCCCUCCACCCUUUCCUGAAACCCUGUCAGACCGUUUGAGACCUCUGCAGUCGGGAGGGGGUGGCAGGUCUGAGUCUGCCGGGGUUAAUGAAGGGACGGGACUUCGGGCCCCUUUAGAUGAAGUGAAAGGUAUAGGUGGACGCAGCUCACGUCCAAUCACGGAGGAUUUUACCGACCCCGCCUCCUGCAGGUCACCUGUUGACCAACGAGGACGCUGGGUGGGGGAAAGAACCAGAGGACGCAGAUUCUGUCAGUGUUGGUCUUUUUGUUGAUUCCUUAUUACCCAGAAUGCCUUUAGGUUCUACAUCAGACAGUCAGAGGGGCUCAGCCUUCACAUCACCUGUUAGCAUUGUUAGCUGCCCCGCUAGCUGCUCGUCACAGGGUCGCCGCACAGAUUGGGUUAGAGUAAGAAUGCUAACGAGCUGCUCUGACCAGAAAACGUUUGCGCUUUGUGUGAACUCAGCUGUUUGAACAGCUUCUGGAUCAGCUUCAGUUCCUGAAUAUCCACAUGAAGGUUUGAUGUUUCAGAUUUGUGCCAAAAAGAUUUUCAUCAAAGUGUUGUCGACCCUGAUGACGAGGAGGAUGACGACGGCGCCGCCGCCUCCUCUAACGACGCGUGUUCACCUCAUCUGACGCCGUCUGUCCGGGACGAGGCGCUUCAGCUCCUUUAUUUAACGUUUCAGUCAAAGGUUUGGAACGUGUGUUUUACUGCACGUCCCUCUGUUAGCUGAGCAGCAGUGGACGGCGUCUGUCCACACGAGGACGUCCAGGACGUGUCCAUGUGCUGCUUCUGCAGGUUGAAUAAUGCCGGGGGUGUCGGCUUUACGUCAGAGCACGACGGCGUCUCUGUCGUCUCAUCGGGACGACGAGAUUCCCAAAAGCCUGAAUGUUCCUUUAAAGUCUUCCUCAGACAGCCGACCUGAUAUUGAUCCAAUCAGUCCUGAGUUUAAAAAAAGAUGUCGGCACAACAAAUCAGCCAACUGACCAAGGUCUGAUGUUUUCUGAUUGGCUGGACUCCCCCGGCGUGGGCUGGUCCAGGUGCACAGGUGGUUUGUUGUGGACCAAACCUGCUGGCUGGGUUCAACUGAACCAGCGUCUCCGGUUGGAAGUUGAUUUAUGGUUUCUGUGAUUUCAUAGCAAUCUCUUCUUCUUCUUCUUCUUCUUCUUCUUCUUCUUCUUCUUCUUCUUCUUCUUCUUCUUCUUCUUCUUCUUCUUCUUCUUCUUCUUCUUCUUCCACGCUGUACAGUUUCUUCUUCGUCUCUCUCUCUAUCAGCUGGCUCGUACUGAGCCUUGUUUUCUUUGUUCUGUUCUUUGGUUUGAUUCCACCUUGUCGUUCUGUUCUGUGUGCCUCGGCUGGAGGCCACCGCCUGCGGCUCCGCCCCCUGCAGGAUUAUUUCUGAAGGAUGAAUCUCUGCUUUUCUUUGUGGAAGGAACACUUUGAGGCUCUGGGCAGGUGUUUGCAGCUUCCUGUCCCUACAGUUGGCGCUCAGUCUGAAGGUUCUCUCUCAUCCACAUCGUCCUGCGCUCGUAUCUUCGUGAGCAGCCAUGUUGCCUGAAGGGCCUGGAGGUCUCAGACUGAGCGUGUUGGAGCAGUUUGUUCAGUCCUGAAUGGAUCUUCUCGCCUCUUUGAUACUGAGGAACGUUCUGACUGUAGAACACAGACUCUGGAACGGAACCAGAACGUUCUACCUGUGCCGGAACACACCUGGUGUGGACGUUAGCAUCACCGUAGUACGAGUUUUAUCCAGAUGAGGUCCCGUGUUGUGGUUCUCCAGUCGAGCGUUUAAACUGCUCUGGGAUCUGUUCGGUUCAGCAGCUUCAGGUGAGCUCUGGUUGGACAGGUGCGGAGUGACUUGUGGUGUUUAUGACUCUGACGUCCAGGUGUGUCCUGCAGGUAGCGACAUGCUCAGCUCCGGAGGAAACAGUCUGACUUCAUGACUUUAAUGUGUAAUUUGGUCUUUUGUUGUAAAAUCUUUCCUAUUAAAACAUUCGAGAGCAGCUGAUGUUUCCGUGUUCAGGUAGAAGCGCGUCUCGAUUGGGCUCACCUGGUCUGUCCGGAGGUUCGGUUCCAGAAGACUUUUGAUUGGCUCUUCUGUCUCUGGUCACCUGGACCAUCGAGCCGCCGCCAGAGGAAUCAGCUGUUUCAGCUCUACUGUAUGCUUGGGGCAUCACCCACAAUGCACCUGGCCUCAGGCUGAUAGACCGUGGGACGUUUAGCCCGCAGUGAGACUCCUGGGUGGUGGGGGGCCAGAACUGUGUCUGGGUGGGUCUUCAGCCUCCAUGAUGUGGACAUCAGUAGUCGCCUGUUCAGGAGCCGACACGCCGUUCGUAUUUUACAGAAGUGUGUGUGUGUGUGAGAGAGAGAGAGAGUGGGUGUGUGCGUGUGCGUGCGUGCGUGUGUGUGUGUGUGCGUGCGUGCGUGCGUGCGUGUGUGUGUGUGUGUGUGUUGUUUUUGCAUGCCUCUAUAGCUCAGUGUAAAUCGAUGUGAGUUGCAUGUCUGUGUAGUUUCAGUUGUUCGGCUGACUUCCGUCUCUUGUGGCUUUUCGGUGCCUUUCGUUUUCUUUCUCUUCUUUUCUUCCUGUUUGUUUUGUAUCGUGUGUCUCCGGCUGCUGUUUUUGGGGUUGUUGAGCAAAAAAAAUAGAAAAAUGAAAGAUUAUCCUCCUGCAAGCAGAAGUGACAGCAGUUACUGUCAUGUGACCACGGAGGUGACGACGGGCGUGAAUUCUGCUUCCGGGUGGAUCGUCCCUUUAAAGAGUGCCAACUACAGAUGUCAGUGUUGUACAGCAGUGAACAGCUCACACUAUUUACUAAAAUAAACCAUUUCUCUGUUUUUUCA